AUGAAUUCGGAGGAUACUUAUAAUUCUGUGCAAGAGCGUUAUGCAGCUGUUGCGAACCAGGCCGAGCCCGAUAAUCAGAGGAAAUACGAGCAAAAGGUAGCAACCGCAUUUGGAUAUGACAUCGAGGAAUUACGCUCUAUCCCCGACAACGCCAAUCUAGGUGUCAGCUGUGGGAAUCCAUUGGCAACAGCAAACAUUGUCUUGGGCGAGACAGUCGUUGAUUUAGGCAGUGGUGGGGGUAUCGACGUUUUGCUAGCCGCGAAAAAAGUUGGACCGGAAGGAAAGGCGAUUGGCAUUGAUAUGACAAAGGACAUGCUAGAAUUGGCACGUCGAAACACGAGGAAUGCUGGAGCUUCGAAUGCAACCUUUAUUGAGGCAUUCAUUACGUCUAUUCCAUUGUCUGCAUCCACCGUUGACUGCAUCAUCAGUAACUGCGUCGUGAAUCUGGUGCCGGAAGCCGAAAAGCCCCUUGUAUUUCAAGAGAUGUUUCGCCUGUUGAAGCCGGGGGGGCAGGCAACUCAAGAGCUACCUGAAGACAUCAAGAAUGAUCUUUCCUUGUAUGUUGGCUGUAUAGCUGGAGCUAGCCAGGUCAUCGACUACGAACGAUAUUUACAUGAGGCAGGAUUUCGAGAUACGUUAAUUCUGAACACUCACAGCGACCUGAAUAUUUACAAAGAAAUGUGGCAAAGAGAAAGUCCCAAUGGAUCGGGCCCUCCAAGCUCAUGCUGUGGUCCUGUCAAAUCCAGCACAUCUGAGCUACCGGAUGUAGAUUUCAACCUUUGGACUGGUGAGACAACCUGA